AUGUCUGUAGUGCGAAGUGAAUUACCGAUUCCUUUACCUAUGAAUGUGAAGGGAGACCUCAAAGGGAACUGGAAAUUCUUUAAAUCACAAUGGAUGAAUUAUGAAAUAGCCACAGGCCUGGACAAGAAACAUGAUGCAAUCAGGAUAGCAACAUUAUUAACGGUCAUUGGCAAAGAUUGUUAUCAUAUUUAUGAGAACUUAAACCUCACGGAAGAAGAGAGACAGGAUAUAGCAGCAGUUAUAGAAGCACUUCAAAAACACUUUACACCAAAGACAAAUGUUAUCUAUGAAAGAUAUAUCUUCAAUACAAGUGAUCAACUGCCUAAUGAAACACUAAAUGACUAUAUCUGCAGGCUGAGAGAACUCGCGAAGUCGUGCGAAUUUCGAAACAUGACUGAUGAUAUGAUACGUGAUCGUCUAGUGUUAGGGACCAAAGACACAGCAUCAAGAGGCAGAAUGUUAAGAGAAGCCGACUUAACACUGGACAAAGCUAUAACAAUGUGUUUGACAAGCGAAAGAACUUCAUCACAGCUGCAGAAGUUAGAACACAACACCAGUCAUACAGCCAAUUCAGAACAAGCAGAAGUGAAAUACGUCAGUUCAAAAGGAGACAAAGCCUAUAAACCCAGAGGAAAACAUCCAUUCAAAGGUCAAGGGAAGAAACAGCAGAAGACUGUACAGCCAAAGAACAGUGCAAUGGUUAUUAAGUGCAAGUACUGUGGAGGCACACAUCCACGAGACAGAGACAAAUGCCCAGCUUUCGGACAUACAUGCUGGAAAUGUAAGAAGAAGAAUCACUUUCCAAAAGUUUGUAAACAGACUACUGUGAACAGUAUCCAAGAUGAAGACACAAGUGACUCAGACUCUGAUUCUCUAUAUGCUGUGAAUUCUUCGUCUGGAAAACAGUGGUUCGUAAAAAUCCACAUGAGUGCUAGUGGAAACAGUUCUAAUGUUACCUGUCAAUUGGAUAGUGGGUCUACCUGCAACGUAAUAAACUUUAGGCAGUACGCUCAAAUCAUGCAAACAGGCGACCCCCCACUGAAACCUACCGAGAAGACACUAAAGCUCUACGGAGGGAAAUCGAAACUCAUUCCACUUGGCAUUGCAACCUUGAAAUGCCGGGUGAUCCAGUCUGGAAAAACAGAAAAUCUUGACUUUUAUGUAGUCGAGAUGGACCAGACACCUAUCCUCUCAGCAGAAGCUUGUGAAAAACUUGGAUUACUGACUGUCAAUGUAGUUCACAAGCUGACAGCUACGUCAUCACAAUUUAAGCCAAUGUCCAAGGAACAAAUCCUUGAUGAGUUCAAGGAUGUAUUUGAAGGACUUGGUGAGUUUGAAGGCGAGUACCACAUUGAACUUGACCCAACAGUGAAGCCAGUACAGAGACAGCCAAGAAGGGUACCACAAGCUCUUAAGGGAGAAAUUAAGGCAAAAAUUGAAUCUCUAGUCAAAAGAGGUGUUCUCAAGAAAGUGUCAUCACCCACAGAUUGGAUUAGUAACAUGGUUGCUGUCAAAAAGCCUGGUAAACUGAGACUGUGCAUCGACCCCAAAGACUUAAACUCUGCUAUUAAAAGACCACAUUACCAAAUGCCAACUGUAGAUGAUAUUCUACCUAAGAUAUCAAAGGCCAAAGUGUUCACUGUGAUGGAUGCAAAAGAAGGUUUCUGGCACGUGAAGCUGGACAAGGAAUCCAGUCUACUCACCACAUUCUGGACUCCAUUUGGAAGAUACCGCUGGACACGUUUACCAUUUGGACUCUCAUCAGCACCAGAGGAGUUCCAACGAAAGCAGCAUGAAGUAUUAGAGGGCCUUCAACAUACAGAGGUCAUUAUGGAUGAUAUCUUGGUCUAUGGAUCUGGUGAGACUAUGGAAGAUGCAAUUAGGGAUCAUGAUUUUCACCUACAAGCGCUUCUUCAAAGAGCACGUGAAGUAGGUCUGAAACUCAACAAGGAGAAGUUAAAGCUGCGACUCACUUCUGUCAAGUAUAUGGGUCAGAUACUUACCUCUGAAGGAAUGUGCCCUGAUCCAGAUAAGGUGAAAGCUGUUGUCGAGAUGCCACGACCCAAGAAUGUUAAAGAUGUUCAGAGACUUAUUGGACUUGUGACUUACCUAUCCAAAUACUUACCACACUUAUCUGAAACUUGUGAACCUCUACGCAGACUUACCGUUAAAGAUACCUUAUGGCACUGGGAGUCACAACAAGAAAAUGCAUUUAAAGCAAUAAAGCAACUAGUCAGCACUGAACCAGUGUUAAAGUACUAUGACGUGAAUGAGGAAGUGACUAUUCAAUGUGAUGCAUCUGAAGUUGGUUUAGGUGCAACUCUAAUGCAGCAAGGGCAACCAGUUGCGUAUGCGUCCAAAGCGUUAUCUCAGACAGAACAACGCUAUGCCCAAAUUGAGAAAGAAUGUUUGGCAAUAGUGUUUGCAUGUGAGCAUUUCGAUCAGUACAUCUAUGGCAGAGACCUUGUGACAGUCCAGUCUGAUCACAAGCCCUUGGAGACAAUUUUCAAGAAAUCCUUAUUAGCAGCUCCAAAACGUCUUCAAAGGAUGCUACUUCGUCUCCAGAAGUACAAUCUACGAGUAACAUACACCAAGGGAAGCGAACUUUACAUAGCAGACACUCUGUCAAGAGCCUUUGUGACGGAUACCGAAUACAUUUUCAACGCAUUUUCGCAAGAAAUCUCACAGAUUAAUCAAAGUGAAUGGAUUCCAAAGAUCAGCCAUUCAAGAUUUCAGCAGAUCAGAGAGAUGACUAACAGUGAUCCAGUACUACAAACACUCAAGACUGUCAUACUUACCGGCUGGAAUGACCGUCAAGAAGAUGUCCCAGUAGCAGUCAGAGACUAUUGGAACAUACGUGACGAGUUAACGGCUCAGGAUGGAUUGAUCUAUAAGAGCAACAGAGUCGUGAUACCAAAAGUUCUUCGCCCUGAGAUGCUCAGUAGAAUUCAUUCAAGUCACCUUGGAACUGAAUCAUGUUUAAGGAAGGCAAGAGAUGCAGUUUUUUGGCCUAAUAUGUCAGCUGAACUACGCGACUUCAUAUCAAAGUGCAGCACUUGCAACAAAAUGCAGGACAAACAAUCAAAGCAGCCUCUUAUCACACAUGAUGUACCAAAAAUACCAUGGACAAAGUUAGGAGUUGAUAUCUUCACUUACCAAAACCAAGACUAUCUAGUUACUGUGGACUAUUUUAGUGAUUUCUUUGAGCUAGAUAUCCUAACAGACACAUCAGCAAUGACCGUAAUAGAUUGUCUCAAGCAACAGUUUGCUCGCCAUGGGAUUCCGGAUACCGUUAUUUCUGAUAAUGGACCUCAGUUUAAAUCUGCAGACUUUCACACCUUUGCUUGUGAUUGGGAAUUUGAACAUUCUACUUCAUCACCAUAUCACAGCCAAUCUAAUGGUAAGGCAGAAUCAGCUGUGAAAAUUGCAAAGAAAUUAGUGAAGAAGUGUAUUUCUAGCAAGACUGAUAUCUGGAAAGCAAUUCUAGAUUGGCGAAACACUCCUACAAAGGAUAUGAAUUGUAGUCCCGCCCAAAGACUGAUGUCUAGGAGGACAAGACAUUCCUUACCAACAGCCGCUGCUCUUCUUGAACCAACUAUCAGCACAAAUACCCAUGAAAAGAUCAUGCGUAAGAGACAACUUUCAAAACAGCAGUAUGACAAACAUACUAAGGACCUUCCAGAACUACAGAUUGGACAAAACGUUCGAAUGAAGAAACACCCGAAUGAUAAAUACUGGCAGUUUGGAACAUGUACCCAGUCUCUCGGGAACAGGUCAUACCUCAUCGACUUAGAUGGAAAGUCAUACCGCAGAAACAGAAGAGAGAUGCGCCCAACCAAGGAGGCUCAUGAUGCAGAAAGAACAGAUCCUUUACCCUACAAGCCGGAGGAUGAUCCACUCAUGAUUACAAAUGAACGUCCCCAGUACGAGAGUGUGAAGCAGCCUAUUGCUCCAGAACCACAAACCGCAUUUGGAUCUUCAAGAGAGACUAUCACAUCUCCCGCAAGUGACAAUAAUUGUGCAGUGAAUGCUUCAACUAAAUUGCGUGGCAGCUCAAGAAUUGCCAGAUUACCAUCAAAGUUCAAGGACUUCAUUAUGAAUUAA